AUGGCCACACCUUACGAUGAAGAUCACUCAGACGACCACUAUCAACUAACUGACGAGGAAGACGGAGAACAUACUUCAACAACUGCUACACCCAAUGAAGAAGCGAACGAGUCAUUGGAUACUUGGAAACCACCAGGGCGUCUCGAGUGGCUCCUAACGCUUGUCACUGAAGCCAAAGGUGCGGCAACGAAGCAAGUCGUCUAUUUUAUCAAGAAAUUCUUCGGGGGGACGAAAUUGAUCUUUGUGACGGGUCAAACGGGGGCGGGUAAAACAACGAUUCUGCGUGAGCUUACCGGGCUGGAUCUCGAAGUUGGUUGGACCAUGAACUCAGGCACUCGAAACUAUCGCAUUUGUCCCGCAGUAAUCAAGAAGGAGCAAUACCUCUUUAUUGAUACUGGUGGCUUUGGAGCCGCAGAUAUGGAUGACAUGGAAAACUUCGAGGACAUCUUGGAAUGUCUCAACGCCCUCGGUCCCUUUGUUACGGUUGCCGGUCUCCUCCUCGUCUGCCAAACUCCACAAGCCCGGCAUAGGAGCGACGACAUCAAGAUGAUUCGAUGGGCCCAAUGCCUCUGCGGUCCAGCAUUCUUCAGAAAUAUUACCUUUGUCACCAGCAAAUGGGACGAAUGGAGCCCGAAAUCGUUCCAGAACUCCUGGGAGAGGCUCGAAACACAACUACUUCCCCAUCCUGAUGUGUCUCGAAUUCUCGCUCCUCAAGGCCGGUAUCACGGAGGGUCAAUAUAUCACCAUGGCUUUCCGGGAGGCAUCGGCUCUGCUGAUUCUUACGACCUUCUCAUGGACCGAAACGAUGACGAAGAGAAACGAGGUGACGAACUUCGAAAAAUGAUCGACGAGAGAUACGGAGGACGCCAAAAUUCGAAACCAGCAAAGCUUCAGGUUGUUCGUGAGAUGGAUUCUAAUAUCCCCCGACUAGAGACCGAGGCAGCUAAGGCCUUGAGAGCAGAUGUCGUCGGUACCAACAUCUACAUCCACGGUGAUCGUGCGAUUGUGAGGGCACCGACGCAGCCGCCCUUGCCGCCGCCGCCGCCUUCGUCUGAUCAGGAGAAUAACAAGAAUGGUAAACCCUUCUCUGAUAAAUUCUGGGGGUGGUUCGAGGUUUGCAGGGUUGCGGCCGAAUUUUUCAAAGAGGCACGCAAGAGGCAGUACGAAUCUAACAACAACACAACGGGGACCAAACCUGUCUGGUCUCUGUGGGCAUCAAUCAAGGGCUGGUGGUGGGGAGAGGAAUCCACGCGCUCCUCGGAAUCUGGGUAG